AUGUAUGAGGCUGGAGGCGAAGAAGGAAGCGGCUUUCACGUCUUCAACAUUGCUUCAGACCAGUAUCAUCGCGCUGAGGUCAUUCAGCGGACGGGCGCCAUCGACAUUACAUGCAGGCUUGAAAAGGUGAUCCAUGGGGCCAUGUCCGCCGACAGCGAUCGGUACGCGACCUUGGUUGUUCUACAGUGGUUCUUUCAACCUAAUAAUAGACGUCGCAUUUCUGAGGCCUCCAUUGAGCUUCUGUUCGAAGCAGAAGACUCGGACGGUGGCGAUGAUGUCGAAGUUGAACGGAUCUCAUUUGACGGCACAUAUAGCUUGAUGCCUACAACGCAGCAUGAGAGUCUCACUACGGGAGGCGACGCCAGCAUCGCCAUCAAUCAAUUGGCUAGCGUCAGUUUAAGCGGCAAAUGGGAAAAAGUGAUUGAUAGGCAAACCUGGGACGCCAUCACAUUGAGCGGCGGGAAACGUAUCGUCAACAACAGGCCCCCGAACCGCAUCGCCAAAUGGAUCCUCUCAGAAAACAAAUCACAACCCAAAGGUAUCCCGACAUCUCUGAAAGUCGCUGUUCUUGUCUCGAGGCUGGAGGAAAAGAUAUUUACUUGCCGAGUGGCAUUCGCGUGCAAGACAGAUAUGAAGACGGCUGCAGAGAGCCUCUUUAAGAAAAUACCUAAAGAUGACCCGAUUGUUUUUCAACCAGAUUGUCAUGAUGAGGGGACGCGCCCAAACAAGAGUGUAUCUUAUGGAGACGACAGGCUGGGGAGCGUGGAUCUUGACGAGGUCGGCGAUGUGACCUUUAGGACUGUCAUUACGCGCGGGGAAAAGACACUGAACUAG